AGGUCUCCUCAUCAGUGUCUGUUUUCGCGUUUGCCUCCGUCGUAGACGCUUACUCGAACAUGUUCAACCCAGCACCCACUGUUCCAAACCACCCAGAUUAGCUUCAAUUCGCAUUGUACAAGGCGAUAGAGGUCCCACUUACGCAGUAAAUUUGAAGGUUUUACUGGCUUCUUUUCCGGUACGGCAGGCACGCCGGCGACCUGUGCUGCGGGCGUGCUCAUCUCUGGGUUGUGCUGUCGAUAGGGGGCCGGACCGAGGCAGGAGGGCGCGUCUUUCGCUGGGACGGUUGCGGGGGUAAGAGAGAAGGUAGGAGAUGCAGAAAACGAUGUGGAAUGGGGGGAGUAGAAAAGUUCGGAGCUGAGCCUAGCGGAAUGAGAGCUGCGAGAGGCCCGGGCUUUUGGGCGACCGAGCUGUUGAUUGAUGAUGCCAAGCCUUACGACGCUCGGAAAGCGCGACUUGCAGCGCUCACUGUGCGGCUUCGCGAUAUUACUUUUUUCUCUCGCAAAGAAGCAAUGCGCGCGACGAUAAAGGGGACUAGACUACAUCACAGUGCUGUCCUUGUUUCCAGGGUGCGGUUGCACGCCCUGCUCAACAAUGAGCACCCGCCGACGGCGACUUUGUUGGUGCUGAUAGCGGCUCCCCAAAGGGACCUGGGCGUCGGCCAACGCUCAACAAGCCGCGGCACACCCAUCGCGAGGCCAUGUCAGCCUCGAAAAGGCACUGCCGGUAUCGCGCCCUCACCGCCAUCGGACAUUGGAGAAGACCCGAGUAGUUUUCUUCCAGCCCUUGCUGCCGGCCCUGAGCCCUGGCCAGCCACACUCUACGCCUUCAAGCCAUCCCGAGCGUUCGGCAACCGAAGACGCCGUCUGAUUGUGCACCUUAGGACAUAGGUAGAUGUACAUUGUACUCCGCAAAGGUAGCUAACGGGGC